AUGGAAUUAUCGAGAGCAUCACACUUAAAUUCUUCUGCGACGAUCGGUGAAGAUGAAAAGAUUAAGAAGGUGAAAACUAAAAGAGCUAAGUAUCAUAAUACGUGACUAUGGAAAGAGUCGAAACGAGAUGAACGAGACCAAAGUUUUGAAGAAGGGUUAAAAACGUGCAAUCCUCAGACAGGUUAUAGUUAUAGCUAUUGAUCGAAUCUGAAGGACAGGCCAAUCAGCUGUGCGCCGAAUCACAAAAAAUAUUUUCCGCGCUAAGAGACUGUCAUAGAUGUAUAAUUCGCGGCAAGAACGAAGUUAUCGAACACAGCGUAAUUUCCACACUAAUCUAUUCGUUAUAAUCAAUAGCGGAAUUUACAAUGAUCUUCAAAUUACUGUUACUUCACGAACUGUUUCUACCAAUCAUCUAAAGGAAGUUGCGUUGUCUCUACUCAAACGAUACUCGCGCCCUUUUAGCCAUAUGCGCGUCUUUGACCAAAUGGACUGUUUCCUAGUGCACAAGAUC